UGUGGGUUCAUUACUAAGGCUUCGCGAGAUUUGCACACACACUUGUUAAAAACGGGCAGAUGCAGUCAGCAUCAGCAUCUCAGACAACCGGAAGGAUGCUGUGGCAGGGAGGAAGCGUGGGGAAUUCUUUGUGUUUACGCUAUAUCCGAUUAUAAACAGCCCCGUGCUAAAACCAGGUCACGUCUCUUUAUUUUAUUUGAUAAUUUCGUUUUUAUGAUCUGUAUUAGUUGCUGCCAUGUUUCCAUCGUGUCAGUCCAAGCCCGGCGGGGAGAGCAGCUCUACCAAAAGGAGCUCCAUCGCUAAAAUGCUGCUCGGGGUCUUCGUGGUGUAUAUGCUCCACACCGCCUGGCUUCUGUACGGCUUCCUCAACACCAAACCCUGCGAUAGAAGCAAAGGAGAGCAAUGCAUCUCCUCCUACCUAACAUCAAGACCCAGGCUUCAGCUGAGUGUCUUCACCUGCCUCGUGCCAGACAACAGCCAACUCCACCUCGCUGUAAGAAUAGACCCAUUUGACCCACACUCUACAUUUGAGAGGCAAGUGAACGUCUCCCUGCCAGAGCAAACUCGGGAUAAUGGCACUCUGUUCGCAGUCGUGUAUAUUCACAAAGCCGGUGUUUCACCUCUGGAGGACGGCAGGGAAGUGCACUAUGCAGCUCAGCUCACCACCUAUAUUGCUCCCCCACAUACAGAGGGACAAAAAGACACGCAGAAGAGGCCGAGUACCAGAUCAGAAAAUCCUGUAUCCCACUGGAGACCUCACCUGUCAGUCACUAUGAUGUCAGAGGACUUCACCUUCAACAAGGCGGGGCUUCCCAGUGAUGUGCGGCGCUACAUGAGAGUCUCUCAGGAAGGCCGACACAUGAUCUACCUCCCUCUGCUGCUGGUGAACGAGCUCAGCUUCAGAGUCAGAGACCUCGUGGAGAUCAGCAGCAGCACUAUACAGCUGCCUCUGACUGUCUCCUACGAGGGAAUCUCUUUAAGGGGGUUCAGGUUCUGGGUGCAUCUGCAGGACAUCGUUUAUUCUCUGCGACAGUUUGGCUUCACUGAGGAGAACGUGGAUGAGAUUAAAGAGACUUUGGUGGGCUCCAACCUCUACUUGUUAGUGUUAAUUGCACUCAUCACAGCUCUGCAACUAAUAUGUGAGUUCUUGGCUCUUAAAAAUGACUUCAGCUCGUGGAGGAAAAAGAAGAGCAUGGCGGGAAUGUCCAGAAAAUCAGUUCUGUGGCGUAGUCUGAGCACUUUGCUGAUUUUCCUCCAUCUGCUAGAGGAGACAAGUCUGCUGGUGCUGCUACCUGUUGGACUGGGAGCAUGUGUAGAGGUAUGGAAGUUGUUUACAGUAUUUAAGAUCCAGUUUCAAUGGAGAAGCUCCAAGCUCCAUGUAACUAAGCUGGAUGAAGAAGAGAGAAAGACAGUGGAGUAUGACACACAGGCGUCAAGAUACUUGUCCUACUUGGUGUAUCCUCUGUGCAUUAGCGGAGCUAUUUUCUCGCUGGCCUACUUACGGCAAAAGAGUUACUACUCCUGGUUGGUCAACAGCCUGGUGACUGGAGUGUAUGCCUUUGGCUUCCUGUCCAUGGCCCCACAGCUCUUCAUUAACCACAAGCUGAAGUCUGUGAGCCACCUGCAGGGGACAGUGUUGAUGUACAGAGGAGUGAACACGCUGAUCUCAGACCUGUGCUCCUGUGCCACCUUUUUCUCCUCUUCUGGAUUCUUCUCUUCCUCUCAUCAACUGUCCUGCUUCAGAGAUGAGCUAUUGUUCUUCCUCUACCUCUACCAGCGAAGGCGUUAUGCCCACAAGGCCAGGAGGCGAGAGUCUGGGACUCACAGCAAGAAAGUAAAGACUCAAUGAGGAGAAGGAAAAACAAUCUCCUUCCCUUUGUUCCGAAAUGAAUGCACAAACAUACAAAAACUGAUCUUCCAAACAAAUAUGAAGAUGUAAAAUAUAGGCUCAGGCAGGAAACCUGGCCAUGUGUGCCAUAGCAGAUGAAACUGAAAAAAGAUGAGCCGUUUGCCGGACGACUCUUCACCUCUGUACACUCGUGGUGCUGCAACAAGGAACUUUCCCCCUUUACUGCUACAGUGACUCAACACAUCUAUCUACAGACUUUUGCACGUUUUGCAAGAAGAAUAUCAAAGGCAUCAUAUCACCAGUCGUAAUUUGCUUUUGCACAUUCAAGGAAGGUGUAGUACAUUGUGAAGUGAAAUGUAGCCUUAAAACUCCACAUAAUCAUAAAUCAAUGACCGUCUGCUAAACUGGACUUCAACUCUAGGACUUGACCCAACAUGACUUUCACAAAGCAGUUUGAAAGGUUUAAACCAUGAUUCUUUAAAUUCACUUUUAAACAUUCCUUUGUUUUACCUAAUAGAAGCUUGGAAAGCCUCGUAUCAAAGGCAUAGUAUGCUAUAUGAAGCCUUGUAUAAACUCAAAUAACCCAAAACAGCCUAAUUUGAAGGGUUGCAACAUUACAUGAUUCUGCACGUUUAACCCAUAUCAGCUAUUUAGUUUCUUUGGAACUUAAAAUAGUGUCCUGUAGUUUGAACAUUGCAUGAAUAUGCAACAGAAGAUUGUAAUGAUAAACAAGAGGGUCCUGCAACAUGGCCUCAGACACAGAGAAGAUCAGACCAGCAACAUAAUGCACUUUUCCUUCUUCAUCCCAUGUAGGGUACAUGCUAGCUGUUAGAUUUAAUAUUAGUCUUGUAUGUUCCGAUUUUAGUACAGCUCCCCUCACGUAUUACAUAUUUAGUUAGUAUAACUGUCGGUGUACUGAACAAGUAUUUUAUAAAUUAACCUUGGAAUGCUAUAUAUAAAAAGAGACUACACUUUUAACAGCAAUCUGCAAAUACUCUGACGGCAUGUGUCUAAGAAAUCCCUGCAAUGCAUUUUGACUCACAACGUACAAUAUAACUGCUGUUUUUAGUCUGUUCUCUUUCACUCAGCACACAAACGCAUCCCAUAGUAUUAAAAACAUGUCUACAGAAGGCCGCAAUCAAGCUGUUUGUUGUGUUUCUAUUAUGCUGAUCUCUUCUCUAAUUUCUGCUUCUUUGCUUACUAAACUACUUGAGCUGAAGAAUAAUUGACAAACCUUGAUUGAAGUUAUUUUAUUUGUUAUUGUUUUGGCAAUGCAACCUGCUUGUUAAUUGUUUAUCAUGUUUUUUACAAAUUACAUUAAAAUUAAACUUGCUUUAAGGUUUAUGCAAAUUUUAAAAAACAAUCGGUGUCAGUCAGUACGGGUGGAUAUGCAUGUGUGCGUGCCGGUGUUUCUAUCCAUGCGUGCAAUCAGGAAACAAAUCGAGACAGACAGCAGACUGGUCACUAUGGAAACGGCUUGUCUGGUUUCUGUUAGGGAGAAAUCCUAUAUGCAGAUUGUGCUUGUUUGUUGUCU